UCCAUGGCAACGCUUUACUCCAACUCCACACAGAGUGAGAGAGAGAGAGAAACGCGAGACGUAUUUUAUCUCACAACCUUGGAUGGAAACACGGAAACCGAGUCGAGCGCUCCUGGAAACUUUACACUGACAUCCCAGAGGAUUUUAGCCUGCUUUAGGACCUCGCGAACCGGAGCUAGUUUGGCAUCAUCGGUUCAGUUCACAUUGCCGCCGGCCAGGUCACAGCGAGACCGCGAUCCACAGACCGGGUGGCCGGAAAAGAGCUGCGUGUGCCGGCACAGAGACGCUUCACAGCGGCGUCAGAACUGAAACUGCUCCGUCAAAGUUUUCGGACUGUAAUGUGAGUCCAUUACUGCUUUCAAGAAACAGUAUACUUUCAAAUUAAUUAAUAAAUAACGUGACUAGUAUGCAAAGUGUUUACAGCUACUUUACCACUAUUAGAUUAGAUUACACUAGCAAACUGUAUUAAUCCCUGUGAGGGGAAACUUAUUUGCAACCAAUACAAAUAAAUCAAAGAUUAAAUUACUAGAAAACAAACACCACAUCACAGUCCAACAACACUCUAUUUGCUACUGCACAUUACGAACAAAGUAAAUGAGUUUAGCUAGAUUACAAAGACAAAAUUAAGCUUAAUUCCUGUUACAGUUAUACUUACUUGUACAACUACUACUAUUAUUACUAUUACUACUACUAUUAUUACUAUUACUACUACUAUUAUUAUUAUCAUAAUUUGUUUUCUAGAAUAUAAUCUUGAUAAUAUAAAGACACUAACACUCAGGAUGUCUCCGUGCUGGUCUCGCCGCUGUGUUUGCUGACAUUGGUGCUCGUUGUACUGGGACUGAGGGGAAGCCGCCUGUAGUCAGAGCACCAUGUGUCGCUGUGCUGGCUCUGUCACUGCCGGGUCAAUCCUACUGAGUGAAACUGACACGGGAAGGGGGGGCCUGCCCCACAGACCGCCUCACCCGCUCACCCCGUCCUGAAACACACUCUCCUGAUACACACACGGACAAACGCCGGGGCGAGCCGGCCGAGGGCAUGGGCAACUCGUCCCGAAAAGAGGCAGAGGAUGAAGGAGGAGGAGAGGAAAAGGAGAAAAAGGUUAAAGAGGAUGGAAACGAAGAAGAAGAGGAAGAGAAAGAGGAAGAAGAGGAGGUCAUUGAAGAUGAAGAGCUUCCCCUUGGGGUGGAUGACCUCCUGGCGAGUGGAGAUCCAGUAUUGGAUUUGACCUACUACAAAUUCCGUCGGAUUCCUCGCCAAGUGCUCGAUCUGCAGUAUCUGGAGAAGCUCUAUAUGUGUGGGAAUCGUCUCCGCGACGUCCCGAAGGGUAUCACGCGGCUGCAGGGUUUGCGCACGCUUGCGCUUGACUUUAAUAAGCUUGAUGACGUUCCUCUCUCAGUGUGCCAGCUGACCAACCUCACCUGUCUUUACCUGGGAAGCAACCGACUGAUGAGUCUUCCUCCAGAACUGGGGAAUCUACAAAGCUUGCGCUGCCUUUGGGUGGAAAGCAACUUUUUCCAGCGGUUCCCCAAGCAACUGUAUGACCUUCCCAAUUUGCGCUCUCUACAAAUUGGGGACAACCGUCUGCGCACCCUUCCUUCGGAUCUAUGGCGCAUGGAGUCCCUUCGAGGACUUUGGCUUUACGGAAAUCGAUUUCAGGAGUUUCCGCGAGUGCUCCUCAAGAUGGAGCAUUUGGAGAUUCUGGACAUGGAUCGCAAUCGGAUAUCAGAGUUCCCGAACUUGCAUCAUCUUCCAGCAUUGCGACUUUUCUCCUACGACCACAACCCUGUGAAGGAGCCUCCACGUGUAGGGGAGGAGGUGUUAAUUGUUGGGGAGGGAGCUGAGGAGGUUUUACAGGCUAGAGAAAGAAAGAAAGAGGCGAAAGAACGUGCGGAGAAGGAAGCAGAGGAGGCAGCAGCUGCUGCGGUAGCGGCUGCUAAUCCGGUUAUUCACGGAAUACUCAAGAAACUCCGAAUGAACUCCGCCCUCAAUUUGGCUGCUGCUAAGGAGAAAGAAAUGGAGUCAACCGGGGACGAAGAUGGAUUACAAAAUAAUGACGAAGGGGCGGAGUCUGAAAAACAAGGUGUGACAUUUGAUGAUGCAGGGCUUGAGUAUGAUGAAGGAGGUGGUGGUUUGGAAUAUGAAAGGGAGGAGUUUGUUUGUGAGGGGGAGGGGUAUGAAGGCUAUGAGGGGGCGGAGUUAGAGUAUGAGAGAGCCGAAAUAGACUAUGAAUACGAAGGGGAGGAGCAGGAACAGCCUUGAUACUUGCACCUGUUCCAUAGAUCAUCAUCAUAAUCUACUUAUUAAAACAAAAGUUUAUACUUAAUGUAAACAGAAUUGCAGUUUGUUUCAGCGACCAAUAGGUUUUUAACAAUACAAUACAAUGACAAUACAAUUACAAGUUGUUAGUGUUACUGCAAGGGUUGCUGGUUCAAUCCCAUAGAUCAGGGGUCACCAAACUUGUUCCUGGAGGGCCGGUGUCCUGCAGAUUUUAGCUCCAACCCUAAUCAAACACACCUGAACAUGCUAAUCAAGGUCUUACUAGGUAUUCUUGAAACAAACAAGCAGGUGUGUUGAGGCAAGUUGGGGCUAAACCCUGCAGGGACACCGGCCCUCCAGGACCGUGAUUGGUGACCCCUGCCAUAGAUGAACUGGAGAGUAUAUAUAUAUAUAAAAAAAGAGUAUGCAAAUCCCUGUAAAGGGCACUUAUAGAAGCACUUAUAGACUCAUGGGGUAACGAAAGUGAUUGGAAUUUGCUUUAAUAAAAUCCAUUUGCAUUAGAAAUUAAGUGAUUGGAAUGUAGGAGAGGUUAAAUUUGCACAGAAUAGUUCCCGCAAUAAUCAUAUACUUUCCCUCAUGUUGUUCAAACAAACGUAUCACUUUCUCUCCUCUGUGAAACACACAAGUAAACAUUUUGUCCAUGUUAUGAAAGUCAACGGGGUCCAAAAUACAUUGGUCCACGGAGAUUUUCAUUCUACAGACAAACAGUCUUUGAAAAACCAAAUAAUAAAAUCAUGCAGGUGAAUUUAUUUAUUUUUGGGUGGGAGGGUGAAUGAUCCCUUUAAUGCACAGUACACUUUGCCUCUCAGUUUGGCAGUGUAUCUGCAAUAUGUAUACAGUUCAAUCACUCAAAACACAAUGAAUUAACUUUCGCAAGUACAAGCCAGUGUUGCUAUUAUUAGCUGUUGGGUGGACCAUUGCUGAAAUCCUCAAACACAGGACUCGCUUUGGUAAUUACCGGGUUUGAUGAUUUUAAAAGUUGUCAUUUGUACAAAAUCAACUGUGAAGACCUGUGAAACUGCACAAUUUUUUCACGCAUUAUUGUGUGCUGUGUAUUUCUGUUUAAGAGCAGGGCUCUGACUUUUUUGUUUGCGAGUGUGUGUGUGUGUAAGUGUGUCUGGAACUUUACCCUGACACGAGUGUACUGUUUAUAAGAAACUUGAUGCUGCAAUUGCAGCGAUGUGUGUUGGUGAAACCAAAUAUUCUCUUAUUAAAUAACCAAUGAGUUUGCCAAACACGUUUCAAUGAUUCAUACCAG